AUGAUCAACAGCAGCGAAGUGGCGGUACCCUCCACGCAGACGUCGGUGUACGAAGCCAUUUUCGGCAGGCGCAUGAGCAAGGAGUUCACCGAUGCCGAUGUGCCGCGAGAGGCGCUUGAGCGCAUGUUCGACGCGGCUAUCUGGGCGCCGAACCACCGCCUCACCGAACCAUGGCGCUUCUUCGUGCUGGAGAAGGGCAGCCCCGCUCGUGAGCGAAUCGCCGACCUUGUCUGGCAAUACGCGUACGACAAUGUCGCCAGCCCCAACGAGACGAUAAAGGAGCACGUGGCAGACAACAACAGGAGCCGUAUCACGGAUGCGCCCGCGCUUGUCUAUGCCUACAGUGUGCCAGGUCCGAAUGAGGAGACUACGCACGAAAACUAUGCUUCCGUAUGCUGCGCCAUUCAUAAUAUGGCACUUGCCGCAGUCGCGGAGGGUCUCUCACUGGACUGGAGCACGGGGACGGUAACGAGGCCCUCGAAACUCGCGGAGACGCUAGGCGCGGAAGACGACUGGGCGAUGGUAGGCGCGCUGUUCAUUGGCGAGCCUGCGGACGAACCCGUAUCAAUGCGCAGCGCAGCGCCGAACAUAGUCUCGUGGCUGAAGUAG